CAUACAAUUAUUCCCGCGCGUGAUAUUUUCAUAAUUAUUCACUUCAUUAAAUAAGUAAACAUCUGUUGCAGUUUAUUAAUUAUUACACAUAGUAUUACGUAUCUAUUGCACGUGUUACACAUUUAUUAACAGUAAAUUGAAAUUUUGUGUCAAUUUAAUUCUCCACAAGCGACCGACUUAACCACCGGAGUUCGCGCAAGCGUGUACCUCAUCGUCGAGAACAUGGGAGGCUCGGGGCACGGUAAAGUUCUAGAAAAUCAAUACGGCAAUGUCCGCCGGUAACUAGACAGUUGGAGCUCAUCCUUUGCAAGGAACGCGUCGGAGCUUAACGCGCACGCUCAAGUCGGCAACGUUGGUCAGAACAGUCCAUUGCACUCGAGUCUUCAUCGUCUACGUCAUCAUCUUUCUCGUCGAGGCUACCGACUCCGGUUCAUUUUCCUUCUCUCUCAACUUCACGAAGUUAAGGGCGCUGAAAGGAGGUGGUGGUCGUAUCGUCGCACUUGAAGAAAAGAACGUGCCAGCAGCUCAUCUCGGGUAACUGACCUUGUGCAACAGUGCGCGAGCUCUCUCUCUCUAUCAGCUCUAAAACAACGAAGCCCUAGAUCGUCGCAGCAACUUCGGCAUUUGCAAGAGUCUUGCGCGAAUCAGCUAUCUCCACAAGAAGAGCAUCGCGCGAUCUACGCACUUCCGAACUAGAGAUAUCUUUGAGUGUACGUUCGAGUCGUUUUGGACUCAACGUACGUAAAGAUAUUAUUACAUAAGCCGACACAAGACACGACGGGAGGAGAUUAGACGGCGCCCCCGCGAGCUCUCGACGAAGCCGUGUUUUAUUUAUUAAACGUCACCGAGAAGAUAGUCCAAUCCUAUCCCGCUACUACAAUCGAGUUGGUGGGCAUUCGUGGCCAGGCCGUCAGGCUACUGCGACGUCUGGUAGGCGCGAGUGAUUGGUCCUUCCGCACGGAUUUACCGAAACAUCCCCAAAACGGCAACCCGUCGUCGUCGUGGUGCUACCGGGGCCCCGCCGUUAGCCGCGAGAGAUCGCGAGAAGGGAGCUUGGGAGGAUCGGCGAGAGGAUCGGACUGUUCGCACGCGACCGGCACCGGUCUGCUCUGCUACGCCGCUUGCUGGCGGCCCAGUGAGAUGGAGGAGAAGUCCUCUGCCCGAUUCUCCGAAUAUCUGUUCGCCAAAAUGGGUGGGCAGGACGUCUCGGCCUCUCAGGGUCCCCGCAAGGUGACCGCCGACACUAGAAAGUGGAUGCGAGAGAACCUGCUGCUCAUGGUUACUCUGUCCGGUGUACUCUUCGGCAUUAUUCUCGGAUUCGGUUUGCGACCAUUGGAUCUUGGAGACGACGCAGUAAUGCUAAUUAGCUAUCCAGGAGAGCUCUUUAUGAGAUUGCUAAAGCUAAUGAUUUUACCUCUGGUGAUCGCCAGCCUAAUAUCGGGUUCGGCGAGUUUGAACGCCAGGAUGAAUGGAAUGAUCGCCGUUCGCACUCUGGUGUACUUUAUACUCACGUCUUUGCUGAACGCUGUCCUUGGUGUAGUCCUGGUGCUCGUUAUUCAUCCCGGUAAUCCUGGCAUCAGAGAAUCGAUCGCGCCCUCGCAUCACGCGAGAGCCGUCAACAUUCUUGACAGCCUGCUCGAUCUGGGAAGGAACAUGUUUCCCGACAAUUUGUUUCAAGCAGCUUUCCAACAGGCGCACACGGUGUACGUUCCGAAGAAACAACAGUUUCACAACAACACCGAUCAGUUGCCAACGGAAGUUCUGGGAGACGAGGAAUUGAUAAGAGUGAUACAGUACAGAAGUGGUACGAACACUCUGGGCAUAGUUUUCUUCUGUCUGGUCUUCGGUACGUUUCUGGGAACACUCGGCGAGAAGGGUCAAGUCGUCAUAGACUUCUUCAAGGCUGUAUUCGAGGUCAUCAUGCGAAUGGUAUCAGCGGUUAUGUGGAUGACACCGGUUGGCAUCACCUCUGUGAUAGCAGGCAAGAUACUCGGCGUGGACGAUCUGAUGCUGGUGAUGUCGCAGUUGGCUUGGUUCAUCAUCACGAUCGCGAUCGGUGUCUUUCUGUAUCAGCUGGUGAUCAUGCAACUGAUAUAUACGGCCUUCGUUAGGAAGAACCCCUUUAAAUUCUACGCCGGCCUGGCCCAGGGCACCCUCACCGCCUUCGCCAUGGCAUCAACGGCUGCCGCGCUUCCCGUGACUUUUCGUCUGAUGACCGAGAAGCUCAGAGUCGACCCUAGGGUCACCAGAUUCGUCCUGCCGAUCGGUUGCAAUAUUAACAUGGACGGUACCGCGCUCUUCGUCGCCGUGGCCAGCAUUUUUAUCGCCCAGAUGAACGGCAUUUUCCUGGGCUUCGGCGAGAUUAUCACUGUUAUUCUGACAUCCACCGCUGCUUCCGUAUCAUCGGCUUCGGUCCCAAGCGCCGCGCUCGUUCUGCUGCUGGUCGUUCUAAGCGCCAUCGAUGCUCCCGUUAAUGACGUUUCUCUGUUGUUCGCAAUCGACUGGUUCGUAGAUCGAAUUAGAACCACCAACAACAUGCUCGGAGAUUGUUACGCAGCUGCAGUGGUCGAACAAUUGUCGAAGAAGGAAUUGAUGGCAUUGGACGCGGCAGCUUAUCAAUCGGAAACAGUGCUGCCAACCACUAUUGCCAACGGAUGUCUUUCCGCCAACAGGGUACCUGAUCCUGACACCGUCGUCGUCGAGAUGCAGGACGACACACGGAUAGCAGGGAUCGCCAAGUAAACACGCUUGUUGCUUCGGAGUUCUGCACAUGUCAAGAAGUGUGACGGAAGAAACAGUUUGACUAGUGUUUAGCCUCGCAGAAUAACUUAGUAUUGUAGAAUGAAGAAAAACAAAAAAAAAAAAAACGCCCACUCUGCCACGGAACUAUUUAAACAGAUAUAAUAACAGCCUAUAUUCAACGAGGAUCAAAAAAGGGUACACGAGUUGCGCCAAAGGCGUGUUUUAGUUCCUGUGCUUCUCUUCGUUCCAAUGAUCGGAGUUUAAACAAAUGAGAUCUUCCGUAAGAAGUUCUGAUCAAGUUAAAAGAUAAACUCUCGCAUAAUGAUUGUCUCAAAAUGCGACACAAAAGAAAUUCAAAGUCAAUAACGAUGAGGGGACACAUUAACACAUGUGAGACGCAGGCAUAGCAAUAAGAAUUGAUAUAUACGUAAUUCAAAAAGCUUGCAAAAGCUCGAGGAAAGCGCGUUUCGUCAGUCGCCACGACGGUGUAAUAACUACGCUCGACGUUGUACUCCAAGUAUAUAUAUAUGAGAAAUCAGGAACACAUAAAGUCGUCCAACGACCGUAACGGAUUUGACUGGAUUAAACAAAAGAAAAAAAAAAGAGACUAAUCUAAUCGACUGAUUCGUGUAACAAUAAAAGAUAAGCGAUCAUAGAGGAAGAUCCACAACUCUCUCUCUCGAAGAGAUCACCAAUUCGAUUGCACUUUCUCACAGAAAAAUUAGAGUUUAUUUUUUACGAUUGAUAAAAAAAAAACAAAAACAGCGUCGAAUGUAGUGCCUUAUUUCGAAUCGACAAGCAAGUAAUCACACAAUGAAAGUACAUAAAGAAACCAAGUUAAGUUAUCAAGUCCUGAAUUGGGAUACAAAAAAAAAAGAACUCUGUCUUAGUAUAAGCGAUUUUUGUCGUUUCUUGAUGUGUCUCUUUGAACGUUCCAGGAAAAAAAAAAAAAAACAAAAAACCGAGAAACACGCGCGAUUGUCUCGAGUGACAUUGACGAAUGCAGUUUCUAUUGGGGGUUUUAAGAGGGAUUUUUUUACGACGGUCGGGGAAGCUUGAUGUGAUAAUUGUUAGGUGGCUACAUACGUAUUUACAGACACACACAUAUACACACAUAUCUAGGAUAAAACACAGAUACACAUUUAAUUUAUCUUUAGUGUAAUACGACUUAAGCAGCAUUCUGAAGACUACUCGCUUGGCAUUUCAUUUCGAAUCGGUGAAAGAAAAAACGGGAGAAAAUCCGAGGAAAAAAAAUUAACGGGAAUCGAUACAUAUUGACCCCUAAAGUAAUACCGCAAAAGAAAGAAGACUUACAAGCGAGUAUAGACCUUUAAAUAGAUUGUAAAAGUCAUAUCGAGUUAAGCAUCGGACCACAUAUUAACUGACAGAAACUGAUGCAUAAAAUCCUCUUACGUGUUCUGCUUUUAAAAGAACGGAUGCUUUCGCGAAAGAGUGUUUACAUAAAGAGAUAAGAGAUUUAAAAAAAAAAAAAAAAAAGUUUUUAACACGCAUCAGCGAAAAUGAAAAAAAAAAGAUUAUCUGAGAUCUUUACGAAACAACUUGCAUUCUUUUCACACGAUUCUGUCUCUUUGCGCUCUUUUUCGACAGCACUCCCUCCCUAAUGUCGUAGACUUAGACCUUCCAGUAUACUGUUGUCCACUCAAUAGCUUAGAGUAAACCGAAAAUUCGUGUUUUACGAAUUAAAAAGACAAAAAAAAAAAAACAAACAAAAAAAAAGAUAAAAAAAAAAGAACGAAUUACGUUUCGCUCGAACGUCAAAAGCCAUGCUUAUAUAUACGACAUAUAAAUAACAAAGAGAAUGAGAAAAAUUAAAUAGCGCAGCUCUUAGUCGAGCGGCAACAAGACUGGAUACAUCAUAUAUUAUAGUGUAUUACCGUUUUUGCUAAACAUAUAGUAAACUAAACGAUUCCACUACGGUUUCGCUGAAUUCUAGGCACUAGAUAGGUAGGUCGAUACGUGUUUCAUCGUAGAGACUGUUUAAAUGUACAAAUUAUUCGGGAUAGUAUUGUUAUAAUAAUUGUUUUGUUUUUUCUUAGCAAUUGUGAAUGUCUCCAUCCAUAUAAAUUGCGAAAGCAUUAGUUUCUUCUUGUUCAUUGAAAGGGUUUUAGAAUAAGUGAUGUAUAUAUUAUAUAUGUAUAUGUAUAUAUGUGCAGUUUUUAUGAGGAGAACAAAAUUAUAGGUGGUUUUUUAUUUUUUGGUUUUUCCAAUUGUUUUUGAAACAACUUGCCAUUUUUUCAAGUGAUAUCGCCAGGUGCUCCUAUUGCUCAGCACGUUUUACACUCAAGCAAAACAAAAAAAAAAAAAAAAAAACAA